AACAGUAAGAGGAGCGGAUAAGGCGAGAAGCCGAAAAACAGAGGACUGAAGCGAGAAAACCGAAUCAAAAGGCACACAACGCUGACCAGAAUCGUGAAUUAUACGAAAAUAAGAAUCCAUAAAAUGCGGAGGUGAAAUACGUGAAAUAAUUCAAUUAAAUCAUUUUUGCGGACAACACGGCGACCAAAAUUAAAUUAAAUUCAAAUAAAAUAAAAUUAAAAAAAAGAGAGAAAUGGUUGUAUAUUGUUGUUACGUGAACGUUGCGCUUUUGAAUUUAUGAAUCAAUUCGUUAUUGCCUCCCGCCGCGUCUUAUUUUACUCAUUUGUUUUUUUGCCACUUUUUUUUACUGUGUAUGUGCGAAGACAACAACAAUAAUGGUAACAGAAGCAACAGCAACAACGGCCAAACAUAAACAACAACAGUAAACACUCGAAGAAAACAACUGUGCAAUUCCAAAUAAAUAACCGAGUAUUAUUAUAUAAAAAAUAAUGCAAAAUUUGUCAAGUGUCGACGGCCGAAGUUGCUCAAUAUGAGCCAAAAAAGUAGCAGCGACCACGACGGCAAUUCAGCUGCCCCACAACAACAACAGCAACAGCAACAACAACAACAGCGACUGCAACUGCAACUGCAACAGCGAAUGAAAAUCGGAAGAGUGCAGCAACACAAAUGAUGCACAUAUGAAUGAAAAGAGAAAAUCAAAAUAGCAAAAAGAAAUCCAGCCAAAAGAAAAAAAAUAAUAAUUUUUUCCUCCCCUCCAAUUGCCUGGCAAUAUCUAAUUGUUUAUAUAAAUAUAUAUAUAUAUAUAUAGCAUUACCAUCUUCAUAUAUAUUUAUUAUAUAUAUGUAAAUGUAUUAUAUAUUUGUGUAUCUGUGUGUGUAUUUUCGUGUGCAUUCCAUCCAUUAAUUCUAUAACUUAAUCUAUAUAAAAAAAAAAAAAAAAAAACAAAUUAAAAAAAAACAAACCAAAACCCAAACAAACAAUCAAACCAAAUCGCAUGUGCAACGCGUAAAACAAAUGAACAAAUAAUUUACAAUUCACACACAUCGUGCAACAAACACAACAAUCUGAACCACAAACCGUGCACCAAAAUGGCGGACAUCAUGCGUCCGCCGUACAGUGAGAUCAAACGGCCGGACGAAAUCGUCAGAAUGACAACCGCCGACAAUCUCAAGUUCGCCGUCCUCAUUGGCCUCAUCGAGGUUGGCCAGGUGACCAACCGGGAGGUGGUCAACACCGUUCUGCAUUUGGUGAGUAAACGCAAUUUUCCUUGGCCAGAAAAAGAACACAUUGAUGUGCAAAAGUGAAAUCCUCUUUGAUGUUCCAUGCGGUUUCUUCACCCGGGGAAAUCUAUGAAUAUGUGUAGGUGGUCUUGUUUAUUUAUUUAUUUUUUUUUGUGGGCGGAAAUGUAUAAUUUUUUGAGGUAAGUUCGUGCACCGGAAGUGCCGGAAGUUAGGCAAACUAAAGGAUAUAACUGAGCAAAAGGGCAUUUUGCUAAUUGCUUCAUUAAAUGUUUGCCUAAUUUCGUUCGAAUUAGCUGUGUGUCCAGCAGUGCCUCACGCACACCAACAUACACAAACACACACACACACACAGACAGAGGCACGCACAGCAUCUUAUUUGUGCCUAAUGACUGCCACUCGAAAUACCCAUUAAACCACCCAACCACCCAUUAGUCUGCCAUCAUUAGGUGAAUCUCUUUUUCACGAUUUGCGCUCAACUGUUGUAACUGUUGCAGUUCAUCUCCUGAAAAUGUAAGGAAAUCGACGAAAGGCCUAGCUUCAGAUAGAGCUUUUCACUCUGCAACAAGGGAAAUACGAACCCACCAUACUUGCUACAAUUAAGAGAGCGAAGUAAGAGAGCGCGAUGGGCGAAGAGAAUGAUUUGAAAUGAGUUAGGACGACGGGUUUGUUUUGUUUUCGGCCUAUGCGAUUGUUUUUAAAUGGUUCUAAACUUUUAAAUCUUAAGUAUUAGCUAGGGAAUGGAAAAUGCAAGUCAAAAAAAAAUGAAAUUUUAUUUGUUUAAUAAUACAUAAAGUACAUAUAUUGUACUUACAUAUGAUAUAAUUCAUAAGGCACAACUCGAAUGAAACUAGAAAUUCAGAUUUAGUUUGUUUCUUUCCAAAAACAACUUUGUACAUAUCUCUGCAAUUCGCAAAAGCUCUAUUAAGCCGGCUAAACGUGAUCGCAAUGCUUGGUCUAUCGCGAUUUUUCAGCGAUUUUCACCUAAUCAAAACACCAAAGCUUUUCCUUUUUCACCACAUCGUUGUUGCAAAGAAACGAGGAAAAACAACAUAGAGACGGCGAGAGCAAGAGAUGAAAUGCCGAAGAAGAGAUUUUCCGAUGCAAAUGCCAUUCGGCUUUUCACUCGACAUUGGUAUUAGUGCACACACAAACAUACAUAUACGCACACACAUACAUAUAGGCACACAAGGCGGAUGCUGACUGUUUGCAAAAAAGAAAAUGGAACAGAAAGCACAACAACACAAUGUUGCCCGCCAUCUCUCCGUACUGUCACGUGUGUGUGUGUGUGUGUGCUUGUGUGUGUGUGUGUGAGUGUUACUUGUGCGUGAGUGUGCGUGCUCGUUUCUUGCUCGGCAAAACGAACGCUCGUCUGCAGCACUUAUCUUCAUGGGAUAAAUCUCGCUGCUGGCCGCCGCAGUCUGUUUUCUAUACGGGCGUAAAGCGGUCGUCGAGCACGGUUAAUAGAAAAAAAGAAAUACAAACAAACAACAAAAAACAAACACCAAACCAAAAAAAAAAAAAAAACAACAUCAAUAAAAAUAACGAAGAAAUAACGCAAAUCAACGAAAUACCAAAAAAAAACAUAAAUAUUUGGCGAAAAUAAACCAAGGAUAAACCUCUAGACAAGAUAAAAAAAAAGAAAAAAAAAAACAAAAAGCCGAGAAAAAAAAACACCGACACAAAAGAGAAGCCAAAUGAGGGAAAAUGAAGUGCCAAAGUGUUGAAAAUAAAGCGAAAGCCAAGAGACGAAAUUGAAAUCGAGUAUAAAAGGUUUUUCCGUUCAGUUUUAAUCGGUAUCGCGCGUUCACUUCCGUUCCGUUUCGUUACGUUUCGUUUGGCUACGAUCUGCGUUCGCCUUAGCCCAGCCGUUUCCGUUUCCGUUCCGUUCCGUUCCGUUUCGUUCCGUUUCCGCUCGGCAAACAUUUAAAUGGCUACCAGCUGCUGCUUAUGAUGGAGACAUUCCUCGUCCUGGGCCUGUGUUUCAUCCUGUACGAGGCAUUGGAUUUCUUUCAGGGCUGCAUUCACAGUAAUACCCCAUCGCCCAGCGAUCAAAUCGAAGCCUAUCGCCGCGAACUCGACGAACAGCGCCAGCAGCAGCAGCAGGAACAAUUCCUGGCAGGAUUGACGCCGUUGCUAGGCGCUCAAUUUGCCGCUGCCGCCGCCGCCGCGGCUGCUGCCGCCGGUUCGCAGUCGACGUUGGGCAGCACGACCACGCCCACCGCCUCCACGGCCAGCGUGAUAAGUGAUUCAUACGAUCAGGAAUCGCAAUCGCAAUCGCAAUCUCAAUCACAGUCCCAGUCGCAAUCCAAUCAAAAUCAACAGCAUUCGCUAAGCACUCCUGGCCUGUUUCGUCCCGCCGCCUUGGGCUACUACGAUCCGGAGGAUCCAUUGCAUGCCACAAACUCCCUACCGCGCGACUUUUACUAUCUACAGCAGCAGCAGCUAAAGAACAAGGUCAGCUCAAGAUCGCUACUCUCCAAGUUCUCAUCGACCAAUUCGGAUAAUCGCAUACAUCCGGAGGCUGGAGCCGGUUCAGGGCAUCAUCAUAGCGUACUUGGAGCAGCGUCUGUUAUAACAAGUCAACCCUUACCAUCUGGCGGUGAGAUACCAUCCAGUCUCUUCGAUCAGCCGGGACAACCGGCUGUGGUUGUGCCACCACUGCAAUUGCAACCCUCAUCACCGCUAUUUGUGGAGCUUAAGAGGGCGAUUAUAAGUCAGAAUCAAAGAUCACAACCGAUAAAGUAUCAGGCAAGAGAAUCAAUCGAAGAGCCACAGUGCCCUCAGUGCGAGGAAGAGCAGAUACAGUAUUUGGCCGAGACUUUGGACGAUCUUGCCGAAUCCGAAGAUCAGCGGUAUUCGCCAGCCGAAGAGGAGGACGACGACGACGACGAAGAGGAGGAGGAGGAGGAAGAGGAGCAGAACGAAGAGCAGGAGGAUCGGGAGGAGCAGCAUCCCUACGUGGGAGGAGCUACCAGUGAGCCAGAUAUUUGUGCCGCCACACGACAACAGCUAACCAGGAUUCAUCACAUCGCCAUUGACGACAUCGCCACCGGACAGGAGCAUCAUCAUCAUCAUCAUCACCAUCUCAGCAUUUCGGGACAGGCAACGUCGUUGGGCGCCAAUUCUCACGCAGACUUCAGGGAAAUCGAGUGCGAGCGACUGCGACGCAAGUGCGUUAGCGUUAAGCGCAUCUAUAGCAUAUCGGAAAAGUUCUAAUUCAGAUUCAAAUCAGAUCACUCUACUCAAAACUCAAUUCGAUAUCUCAGCUCUCUCAUACCUGUACAGCCCUUCACCAUAUUGCACUUCAAUCGAUCAAUAUACCGAAACCAAAAUACAAAAUCAAUCAAAAUCGAGAAUCGAAAAUCGCCAAAUCAAAAAUCGAAGCCAAAUCAAAUCGAAAUAAAUGCAAAAUCAGUUUUCAAAUUCCGCUCACCAACAAUCGAACCAAAUGCAACCAAAAUCACAAAAUUGCCCAAAGCGAAACACCCCACACAAGUUGAGUAAGAUGUGCGCUACAGACAGACUAAGAAAAACAAUAAACACGACAAGAAAAACCAAACAACUCGAGUGCUAUUAAACGACAAAACAUAACAAAACAACAAGAAAUUAAUAAAUUAAAAUACCCCCCCAAAAAUAAAAACAAAGAGAAAAGGAAAGAAAAGAAAGAAAAAACAAAAUCAACGAUUAUAACGAUAAACGAUAAACAGCGUUCCGAUAAUUCCCGCCAUGGACUCGCUGGAGCGUCUGAUGCGAGCGGCCCCAUUGCCACGAAUGCUUACCAGUGGCGUUGUGGCCACAGCCGCUGCCGCCGCAUCCGCCGCCGCUGGCAAGGGCAUGGUCAGUGUGGGCGGUGGUGCAACAGCCAUAGCCGCCGGCGGUGGCCAACAGAGGGCGCUGGUCCAUGCCUCGCUGGCGGCGGCGACAGUGGGCCGCAAGGGACGCCACCUAACGGGCACCUUCUGCCUAACCGGCGACACCAUGGAGGGCAUCAUACAGUGUUUGGUAUUUCUCAAAGCAUUCUCGCUGGUCGGCGGUGAAUUCGAUAUGGAAUUGAAUUUUGUGAUACAGGAUGCGCAGAAUAUCAAACAUAUGCUGGAGCUGCUGGAUCAUUGUCCGCCCAAUUUGCAGGCGGAGAUUUGGAGCGUAUUCAUCGCCAUCCUGCGCAAAAGCGUCCGCAAUCUGCAGGCCUGCACCGAUGUUGGCCUAAUCGAGCAUGUUCUCGUCCGCCUGCAACGCUCCGAAACGGUUGUGGCAGACCUGCUCAUCGAGAUGUUGGGCGUGCUGGCCAGCUAUAGCAUAACGGUGAAGGAGCUAAAGCUCCUCUUCGGUACGAUGAAGGCCACCAAUGGCAAGUGGCCGCGCCACUCGGCCAAGUUGCUCAACGUCCUCCGGCAGAUGCCACAUCGCAACGGACCAGACGUCUUCUUCAGCUUUCCGGGUCGCAAGGGAUCGGCCAUGGUACUGCCGCCACUGGCCAAAUGGCCCUAUGAGAACGGAUUCACCUUUACCACCUGGUUCCGCCUGGAUCCCAUCAAUUCGGUGAAUAUUGAACGUGAGAAGCCCUACCUCUACUGCUUCAAGACAUCGAAGGGCGUGGGCUAUACGGCGCAUUUUGUGGGAAAUUGCCUUGUCCUCACCUCAAUGAAGGUCAAGGGCAAAGGCUUUCAGCAUUGUGUCAAAUACGAAUUCCAGCCACGAAAGUGGUAUAUGAUUGCCAUAGUGUAUAUAUACAAUCGUUGGACGAAAAGCGAAAUCAAGUGCCUCGUUAAUGGACAGCUGGCCUCUUCAACGGAGAUGGCCUGGUUUGUUUCCACAAACGAUCCCUUUGACAAGUGCUACAUUGGAGCCACCCCCGAGUUGGACGAGGAGCGCGUGUUCUGUGGCCAAAUGUCGGCGAUCUACCUUUUCAGCGAGGCACUGACCACGCAGCAGAUCUGUGCGAUGCAUCGCCUGGGUCCCGGCUACAAGUCCCAGUUCCGUUUCGACAACGAGUGCUAUCUGAAUCUGCCGGACAAUCACAAGCGGGUGAGUCACUUUCAACUUCUGCCAGCGACCUUGGGGGCGUCAGCACUGUCGGGCGGCAGUGGGAGUGGCACCGGAAGCGGUACCGGCAACGAUGCAUCAGCUGCAGCGGCAGCGGCUGUUGCCGCCGGUCAGCAACAGCAGUUGCAGCUGCAGUUCCAAAUUCUGGCCGCCGAGCAAGAGGCGCGUGCCAUCGAUUGGUCCGAUGAGAAGCUCGAUUUGAAUGCGGCUUUUGUGAAAAUUCGAGCGGUUCUCACCGCCCGCAAUGCAGUGACCUUGGCUGGCAGCAGCAGCACUGGCACCACUGCAGUAGCCACUGCCGCAGCAGCAGCAGCAGCAGCGGGAGCGGGAGCAGGAACAACUGCUGCAGCAACAUCUGCAGCAGCAGCGGCGGCAGCAACACAAAAUGAGAAUGAUGCAGCAGUGGGACAGCAGCAACAUGCAACACAUCACCAUGCCACAGCAGCAACUGGCAGUGCGGACGAUCCGCUUGGCCAUUUGCCCACUGGAAAUGCUUCUUCUUCUUCAUCUUCUUUUGAGCAACUACGUCGAAUGUCCAGUGUGAGCAGCUUGAACUCAAUGGUCGGAAGCGCCGACACUGAGGAGGUCAACCAGCUGAAAGCUGUGCUGUACGAUGGCAAACUAUCGAAUGCCAUUGUGUUCAUGUACAAUCCGGUGGCCACCGAUGGUCAGUUGUGUCUGCAGUCAUCGCCCAAGGGAAACGUUUCAUAUUUCGUGCACACGCCGCAUGCGCUGAUGUUGCAGGAUGUGAAGGCCGUGGUCACGCACUCGAUACACUGCACCCUCAAUUCGAUUGGCGGCAUCCAGGUGCUAUUCCCGCUUUUCUCGCAGCUGGAUAUGGCCCACGAGGGUCUGGGCGACAUUAAGCGGGAUCCCACGCUGUGCUCCAAGCUGCUGGGCUUCAUCUGUGAACUGGUGGAAACAUCGCAGACGGUGCAGCAGCAUAUGAUCCAGAACCGGGGAUUCCUGGUCAUCUCGUUCAUGCUGCAGCGCUCCUCCCGCGAACACCUGACUCUCGAAGUCCUGGGAUCAUUCCUGAAUCUGACCAAGUAUCUGGUCACCUGCCUGUCGGCCAACAGUGAUCUGCUGCUCAAACAGCUGCUGGAUCACGUCCUCUUCAAUCCAGCCCUGUGGAUAUACACACCCGCCAAUGUCCAGGCGCGACUAUACUCCUACUUGGCCACCGAGUUCCUCUCGGACACGCAGAUCUACAGCAAUGUGAGGAGGGUCAGCACGGUACUGCAGACAGUGCACACCCUAAAGUACUACUACUGGGUGGUCAAUCCACGGGCUAAGAGCGGCAUCAUUCCCAAGGGACUGGAUGGACCUCGUCCGGCUCAAAAGGACAUCCUGGCCAUCCGGGCAUACAUCCUGCUGUUCCUGAAGCAGCUCAUAAUGAUCGGCAAUGGCGUGAAGGAGGACGAGCUGCAGAGCAUACUCAACUAUCUGACCACCAUGCACGAGGACGAGAACCUGCACGACGUGCUGCAGAUGCUCAUCUCGCUGAUGUCGGAGCAUCCCAGCUCCAUGGUACCUGCCUUUGAUGUGAAGCACGGCGUGCGCAGCAUCUUCAAGUUGCUGGCGGCCGAAAGUCAGUUGAUUCGGCUUCAGGCCCUCAAGCUGCUGGGCUUCUUCCUUUCCCGCAGCACCCACAAACGCAAGUACGAUGUGAUGUCACCACACAAUCUGUACACCCUUUUAGCGGAGCGACUGCUUCUCUAUGAGGAAUCACUGUCCCUGCCCACAUACAAUGUUCUCUAUGAGAUCAUGACGGAGCACAUCUCGCAGCAGAUUCUAUACACACGCCAUCCGGAACCAGAGAGUCACUACCGUCUGGAGAAUCCAAUGAUCCUCAAGGUGGUGGCCACCCUGAUCCGGCAAUCAAAGCAGACGGAAUCGCUGAUCGACGUUAAAAAGCUAUUCCUGCAGGAUAUGACCCUGUUGUGCAAUAGCAAUCGGGAGAACCGGCGCACAGUGCUCCAGAUGUCCGUGUGGCAGGAGUGGCUCAUUGCGAUGGCGUACAUUCAUCCAAAGAGCAGCGAGGAGCAGAAGAUAAGCGACAUGGUGUAUUCCCUAUUCCGCAUGCUGCUCCACCAUGCCAUUAAGCAUGAAUACGGUGGCUGGAGAGUUUGGGUAGAUACCCUGGCAAUCGUCCACUCCAAGGUGUCUUACGAGGAGUUUAAGCUCCAGUUUGCCCAGAUGUACGAGCACUACGAGCGCCAGCGAACGGACAAUAUCACAGAUCCUGCCCUGCGUCAGGCUAGACCCAUCAGCACGAUCAGUGGUUGGGAGCGAGAGGAGCUGCAUCAGCAGCAGAACGGUGGAUCUGCAGCAGCAGUGGCUACCAAUCAAACGGCAGCUGUUAAAGGUUCUGUUUCCAUUGCCUCACUGGAAGAUGUGCCACCGGUGGUUGAGGAAGAGGUGGAGGAACUGGAGCUGGAGGAAGUAGAGAUUCAAGAGGGUCCUAUAACCGAAGAAACCGAACAAAAAUCGGUGAUAGCCAACAUUUCCGACGUCUACAAUGAGCAGCUCAAAACCGAUGCCACGUGCAAUGGCAAUUUGGAGGAUGUCAAAGAGGAGGAGCCUGUACAACAGCAAAUCGGAGACCUGGAGAAGCAACCAGAGCCAUCUACUCCUUUGGGAGCACUCAGGGAAACCCUACAACUUGGUGAUGAUAUGGAUGUGGAAGAACUGGAGCUGGCUACCGCCAAGGAUGCCCUCAAUGCGGAACAGCAUGUGUCGCGAGUUCUUCAGGCUUCCGAAGCGGCACUUAACGAUUGCAAAAUGGCAGUCGAUGAUGUCCUGCAGGAGUCAUCCUCCGUCCUCAAGGACGAGGAGAUCGAACUGGCCGUCAACGAGGUUGUUCAGGGUGUGCUCAAUAACGAGAAGAAAACUCAAUCCCAGGACAACAAGGAUAACAAGGAACAGCCGGGCGAACAGGAUGUAAACGUCAGUCUCCUAAACAGCAAGAAUCUGCUCAACAAUAAUAAUAAUAACAAUAACAACAGUCCGAGUCCAACGCCCACAACGGCGACUGCGACGGCGGAGACGGAAGCGGAAACAGAAGUCAAUGCCAAUGAGAUCGUGAGCAGCACAGAGGCGCCCAAGGCGGAAACGGAAACGAGCGUAGCACCGGAAGUAGAAACACCGGAAACGGCCAAGCCAAGCCCCAUUGUCCCCAGCCCCGUAUUAGCAACCAAUCAAAAGACUGAAGAUGCAGCCAACAAGCUGAACAACAACGAGAAGCUGGCCGAGAUCAGCGCCAGUCCCGAGCCACCCAUUGUCGUGGAAACGCCAGAAGCUGAUCUUCUUCAGCUUUCCGAUUCCGAAACAAAACCGAAUAAGGAAACCGAAGCUGAAGAUUCGGUGGCGCUGGCCGUUAGAGAUAUUGUCGAGCAACUCAUCGACAAGGUCAUCGAUGCCACGGAAGCGGAAUCGGCCAGCGAAACCAAAACGGAAACGAAUAAUAAUGAAAUACCCAAGAAGGAGAAGCAGACGUCAGAAGAGCCUGAGGAUGUGGAAACUGCAGAGACUUUGGCCGCUGCCGCCAAGGAAAUUGUCCAAGAGGUUGUGGAAGCAGCUCUCGUAAUGGUCCAAGAGGAGAGCACUCAAGAGAAGCCAGAAAAGGGGGCGAACUCCGAAGAGGAGAAAAACGAAAUUGGCAAGGAAGAGAUUCUUCUGCAGCUGGAGGAAAAACCAGCGUCUACUGAAGUGCAGGAAACCAAGAUCGAAGGAGAUCUAAAGAAACCAGAAGAUCCAAAAGGUCACAGCUCUGUAGAACCAAAGACCCCGAACCUUGAGGAACCGAAACCCCAGGAAACUGAACAACAAAAGUCGCAGGAGGUCGCCGAAGAACUACCUCAAAAACCAGAGGAGCAGGUGGUGGCCAUUGUCAACCAAGUCCUGGACACUCUGGUAGACGAUACGGUCAAGGCAGUGGCAGCCGAGCAAACCACUCAAACAUCGCCAGCCCCCGAAGAGCAAUCGCCACAAAUACUGGCAAUGGAAUCACCAGCAACGUCGGUGCGGGUCAAACCCACUGAGGUGGAUUCCACCACCCAGACUACGCCGAAGAACGAGGCUGGAUCCAGUCUAUUGGUUGAGCAGGUGCAGCAAGUCCUCCAGGAGGAUGACGCCCAGCAAUCAGCCGGCAUGACCAUCGAAGAUGAGGAUUACUCUAAUCAGCAGGCAGCUGCGGCAGUUGAAAAUGCCAACAGCAGCCAAUUGGAUGCCAAUCAUUAUGGUCCCGGUAAUCCAGAAUCCAAACAACAGCAACAGCGCUCCAAAUCGGGAUCGACCCGACCUAUGUUCAGUCCGGGACCUACACGUCCGCCCUUCCGAAUACCGGAAUUCAAGUGGUCCUACAUCCAUCAGCGAUUGCUCAGCGAUGUCCUCUUUUCGCUGGAAACGGACAUUCAGGUGUGGCGCAGUCAUUCGACCAAAAGCGUCCUGGACUUUGUCAACUCCAGCGAGAAUGCAAUUUUUGUGGUGAACACGGUGCAUUUAAUAUCGCAGCUAGCGGAUAAUCUGAUUAUUGCCUGCGGAGGAUUGCUGCCUCUUUUGGCCAGCGCCACGUCACCCAAUUCCGAAUUGGAUGUGCUGGAGCCAACGCAAGGCAUGCCUUUGGAGGUGGCCGUAUCUUUCCUGCAGCGUCUGGUCAACAUGGCGGAUGUCCUGAUCUUUGCCACAUCCCUAAACUUCGGCGAGUUGGAGGCGGAGAAGAACAUGUCCAGUGGCGGCAUACUGCGUCAGUGCCUGCGAUUGGUUUGCACCUGUGCGGUAAGGAAUUGCUUGGAGUGCAAGGAGCGAACGCGUUACAAUGUGGGCGCCUUGGCGAGAGAUGUCCCGGGUGCAGCCCAUUUGCAGGCCCUCAUCCGCGGAGCUCAAGCAUCGCCCAAGAACAUUGUCGAGUCAAUAACCGGCCAAUUAUCGCCUGUCAAGGAUCCCGAGAAGCUGCUCCAGGACAUGGACGUCAAUCGCCUGCGCGCAGUCAUCUAUCGCGAUGUGGAGGAGACUAAGCAGGCGCAGUUCCUCUCGCUGGCGAUAGUGUACUUCAUAUCGGUGCUGAUGGUGUCCAAGUAUCGUGAUAUCCUGGAGCCGCCGGCAGAGCCGCAAAUCCAGCGUCAAUCGCCAGUGCUGCAACGCACGGCAGGCGGCGGUGGUCGUCAAAUCCAGGAUAGUGACUACGAAAUAAUUGUCGUCGAUGAGAACAAUCCAUCGGUUUUGGCGGAUAAUGAUUCACAUUCCAGUGGACCACCAUCCAUAAAGAGCGUUGACUCGGAUGUGGGCUCCCUGAACAUGAACUCCACGGAAAACGAAGUGCCCGAGGUGGAGUCAUCCAGCGAGAUUCUAAUCGAUGACCACAAACCGAGUCACUCGAACGACGAAAGCUGGACGGAUGUGAAUCUCAAUGAGGAUGCUGCCGUUCAGGCGGCAAGUGCCGGAAUAGUUGUAGGUUUGGUGGAUAACAGAGGUAAUGUUAUAUCCGACAAACACGAUCCGUCCCAUCACAACCAACAACAGCAGCAGCAGGCGGGAAUUAUUGGUCAGCAGCAGCAACAUGGAUCACUUGGUCAUUCGGAGCGGGGUGACAAACCCGAUUCGGAGAUUUCGGUGGUGCGAGUGCCUGAUGGUUAUGGUGGUGCUGGUUCCGGUGGUGGCGUGAAUUCCGGACAAGGUCAGGGCGUUCCAUCCAAUCAGCGUCCUCGUCCCGAGGAGUUGCCCAUGAAGGCGCCCGCCUUGGUGGCCCAACUGCCGCUGACCACACCUUCGCGAGAGGCCAGUCUCACCCAGAAGCUGGAAAUCGCAUUGGGGCCAGUGUGUCCGCUGCUCCGUGAAAUCAUGGUGGACUUUGCGCCGUUCCUUUCGAAAACCCUAGUCGGCUCCCAUGGCCAGGAAUUGCUGAUGGAGGGCAAGGGUCUGACGACCUUUAAGAACUCGCAUUCCGUCGUAGAGCUGGUCAUGUUGCUCUGCUCCCAGGAGUGGCAAAAUAGCCUACAAAAGCACGCAGGAUUAGCCUUUAUUGAGCUAAUCAAUGAGGGUCGACUGCUUUCGCACGCCAUGAAGGAUCACAUUGUUCGGGUGGCCAAUGAGGCGGAGUUCAUCCUCAAUAGAAUGCGAGCGGAUGAUGUCCUCAAGCAUGCCGACUUUGAAUCGCAAUGUGCACAGACACUUUUGGAGCGCAGGGAGGAGGAGCGAAUGUGCGAUCACUUGAUAACCGCCGCACGUCGCAGAGACAAUGUGAUUGCCAGCCGACUGCUGGAGAAGGUACGAAACAUCAUGUGUAAUCGCCACGGAGCCUGGGGUGAUUCCAGCUCCACAUCCAGUGGUGGCGCCAUCGUUGGAGCGGUGCAAAAGAGUCCCUACUGGAAGCUGGAUGCCUGGGAGGAUGAUGCCAGACGUCGGAAACGGAUGGUGCAAAAUCCGCGCGGAUCCUCGCAUCCACAGGCCACACUGAAGGCGGCUUUGGAAAAUGGCGGACCUGAAGAUGCCAUCCUGCAGACUCGCGACGAGUUCCACACCCAAAUAGCCGUCUCGCGGACUCAUCCAUCCGGUCAGCACAAUGGUGAGCUACUGGACGACGCCGAGCUCUUGAUUGAGGAUCGGGAGUUGGAUCUGGAUCUCACGGGUCCCGUCAACAUUAGCACCAAGGCGAGAUUGAUAGCCCCCGGUCUGGUGGCACCCGGCACCGUCUCAAUAACCAGCACUGAAAUGUUCUUUGAGGUGGAUGAAGAGCAUCCCGAGUUCCAGAAGAUCGAUGGCGAAGUUCUUAAGUACUGUGACCAUUUGCACGGCAAAUGGUACUUCUCCGAAGUGAGGGCCAUCUUCUCGAGGCGUUAUCUCCUGCAAAAUGUGGCCCUCGAGAUCUUUUUGGCCAGCCGUACGUCCAUAUUGUUUGCCUUUCCCGAUCAGCAUACGGUCAAGAAGGUAAUCAAGGCCCUGCCCCGUGUGGGAGUGGGCAUCAAGUAUGGAAUACCGCAGACGAGGAGGGCCUCAAUGAUGUCGCCCCGUCAACUGAUGCGCAAUUCGAACAUGACCCAAAAGUGGCAGCGUCGCGAGAUUAGCAACUUUGAGUAUCUUAUGUUCCUGAACACGAUCGCCGGCAGGACGUACAACGAUCUAAAUCAGUAUCCCAUCUUUCCGUGGGUGCUGACCAACUAUGAGUCCAAGGAUUUGGAUCUCAGCCUGCCGUCAAACUACAGGGAUCUGUCGAAACCGAUUGGCGCCCUGAAUCCAUCGCGCAGAGCCUAUUUCGAGGAGCGUUACGAGAGCUGGGACAGUGACACCAUACCGCCCUUCCACUAUGGUACGCAUUAUUCCACGGCAGCAUUUACGCUGAACUGGUUGGUGCGCGUGGAACCGUUUACCACCAUGUUCCUGGCCCUGCAGGGCGGCAAAUUUGAUUAUCCGGACAGGCUGUUCAGCUCGGUGUCGCUGUCCUGGAAGAAUUGCCAACGUGAUACAUCGGAUGUGAAGGAACUGAUACCAGAAUGGUAUUUCCUGCCCGAAAUGUUUUACAAUUCAUCAGGCUAUCGACUGGGUCAUCGCGAGGAUGGUGCCCUAGUGGAUGACAUUGAACUACCACCGUGGGCCAAGAGCCCCGAAGAAUUCGUCCGCAUCAAUCGCAUGGCACUGGAGUCGGAGUUCGUGUCCUGCCAGCUGCACCAGUGGAUCGAUUUGAUCUUUGGCUACAAGCAACGCGGUCCCGAGGCCAUUAGGGCAACCAACGUGUUCUACUAUUUGACAUAUGAGGGCAGCGUUGACUUGGAUGGCGUUUUGGAUCCGGUGAUGCGCGAAGCCGUCGAGAAUCAAAUCCGCAACUUUGGCCAAACACCUAGUCAACUGCUAAUGGAACCGCAUCCGCCGCGCAGCUCUGCGAUGCAUCUAUCGCCUAUGAUGUUCAGUGCGAUGCCGGAGGAUCUCUGCCAGAUGCUCAAGUUCUAUCAGAACUCACCAGUCAUUCACAUCUCGGCCAACACCUAUCCGCAACUGUCGUUGCCAUCUGUGGUCACGGUAACGGCGGGUCAUCAGUUUGCGGUGAAUCGAUGGAACUGCAACUACACCGCCUCCGUCCAGAGUCCCAGCUACGCCGAAUCGCCCCAAUCGCCGGGUUCCAAUCAACCACUGACCAUCGAUCCGGUUCUGGCUGUUCAUGGCACCAACAACAAUAGCAAUGCGGCCAGCCGACGUCAUUUGGGCGAUAACUUUAGCCAGAUGCUAAAGAUACGCUCCAACUGCUUUGUUACCACAGUGGACAGUCGGUUCCUAAUCGCAUGCGGAUUCUGGGACAACAGUUUCCGCGUCUUUGCCACCGAAACGGCGAAAAUCGUGCAGAUUGUAUUCGGUCACUUUGGUGUGGUAACGUGCAUGGCACGUUCCGAGUGCAACAUCACAUCAGACUGCUACAUCGCCUCCGGAUCGGCGGACUGCACGGUGCUUCUGUGGCACUGGAAUGCCCGAACCCAGAGCAUUGUGGGCGAGGGCGAUGUGCCCACACCACGGGCCACCUUGACGGGUCACGAACAGGCCGUGACAUCGGUGGUGAUUAGUGCCGAGUUGGGUCUGGUUGUGUCUGGAUCAUCAAAUGGACCCGUACUUAUCCAUACGACUUUUGGCGACCUGCUGCGCUCACUGGAUCCACCAGCGGAGUUCCAUUCCCCGGAACUGAUAACCAUGUCCCGCGAGGGUUUCAUUGUCAUCAACUACGAUAAGGGCAAUGUGGCCGCCUACACCAUCAAUGGCAAGAAACUGCGCCACGAGACGCACAACGACAAUCUACAGUGCAUGCUACUGUCGCGCGAUGGUGAAUACCUGAUGACCGCCGGUGAUCGCGGCAUCGUGGAGGUGUGGCGCACCUUCAACCUAGCACCACUUUAUGCCUUCCCCGCAUGCAACGCGGGCAUCCGAUCUUUGGCUCUCACCCACGAUCAGAAAUACCUUCUGGCCGGACUUUCGACGGGCUCGAUCAUAGUAUUCCACAUCGACUUCAAUCGCUGGCACCACGAGUACCAGCAGCGCUACUAAGUUUGGACACUUGAACAUUGCAGUAAUCCACGACUCGCCAGUUAACAACGGCCAAGGAAGCGGAAGUGAAAAGUGAAACAGAAACGGAAAUAAAAUAUAAAAAACGAUCGCAAAGCAACUACAAAGUACUUACAAAAACAAAAAAAAAACGGCGCAAGGAACGGCGAAUCGGUUUUUUUCUAUACAGACCUUUACAACUCUAGGCUAGUAAGCAAAACUAUGUUUUUUUUUGUCUAGUAUUAAUUGUGCAUUAGUGUGUGUUUGGCCAAUGAAAGCCAGUCAAAAAAAAAAAAUUGACAAAAAAAAAUAGAGAACGGAACAGAACAGAAGAUGCGAACAUUUUUUUUUUACUAGAGUUAACGAAAUGUAUGUUAAGUUAUGGCAAAAUGGAGGAGGGCAAAAGCAAAGGCAAAACAAGUAGAAAGUGAUGUAGAAGGAGGUGAAGAAAGAAGCUGGCGGCUUAAGUAAGUAGUUGAAAUAAGACAAAUGAAGUUAGUGUUUAUAAAACGCAAUAAGCAGUUAAUAAAUCUAAAAGUAAAUCAACCUAAAGCUAAUUCCACAUGCAUUAUAAUAACAACGUAGCAAAAGUUCUCAUAAAAGUUUAAACAAAACAAAACAAAAAGGAAACGAAACGCUGCGCAACGCAAAGGUAAAAGGGAGAAAAUAAUGAAACUAAGCGGCCAAAAAACGAGAAAACGGUAGAGAAAGCAGAAAGCCAAUUUUUAAUUAUAGCGUUAGUUCUUCGUGACAAAAACACUCUCACACACACACAAACACACUCUUCAAACACAGACACUCCAUAACCAUACACACACACACAAACACAAGGUAACCAAGCAAGGACAAUGCCAAGGCAAUAAAGCUGAUAAAUGGAGCGGAAAGAGGAGGGCAGAAGAAGCAGGAAACGGAAGUGAUGCAAACAGCGGAUACGAGAUAUUUUAGUACACACACGCAUAUGCAUUUGUAGCUAAACUAACACACUCAACUUAACUCCAAAAAGCGCUAACUAAAAUCUAAACAACAGCUAAAUUAUCAACACUGCUGAGAGCCACAGAAAAUAAUAAAUAAACAAGAAGAUAAAGUAUAUAUAUAUAUAUAUAUAUAUAUAUAUAUAUACAUCCGCCAACGGAAGCGGAAUAUGCAAAACUUAUCCAAGCGAAAGGCGGCGAUUUCGUUUUUCGUUCUCGUUCCACAAAUAUCACGCAUACGCCAUGCUGCACCGCACGCUAAUUUCGAAACGAGAGCGAAAACAAAUAAAUACAAUUGAUAUCAAAAUAUGGUCUAUAUUCGUUUUUUGUACUUUUUUGUUGUUGUAUUUUUUAUCCUCUUCUGUUGAUUGUUGUUUGUAUUUUUUCUUAAGUAAAAGUGAGAAAAUUUUCAAUUGCGUCCAAAAAAUUUGCCUACUACUACCCCCCUUACAUUGGCUUCCUCGAAACAAAACCAAUCAAUGUACGUCCAGGCUGAGGUGUUUUAUAUAUAUAUAUAUAUGUACAUAUAUAUCGAUAUAUAUAUAUAUAUACAUAUAUGUAUAUAUUGACCCCAGAUUCUGCCUUUGAUUUUCCCAAGCGAUUCGCUAACCGAAAAUAAUUUAAAAAAAAAAACCAAACAAUCCAUCCAUGGCGCACCACUCUGGCACUUACCGAUUAGAUUUGUAUAUAAAAACAAGAGCUAAGGCAAUUACUAUAACCAUACUUCAAGUAUAUAUAGAGUUUACGGCUAGAAACGAACACAUUCGGUUGUAAAAGCGCAAAAGCGAUACAAAUUGAAUCAAGUCCAGCUAAAAGAAACCCUCCCCCCAAAAUAAUUGGAACCCAAAUAUAUAGGUAUCGUAAAUGUAUGUAUAUGUUGUGUGGGGCUGGAGAUUAAUCCGGUUUUCCAUGUGUACAACUAUAGGGAAACUAUAUUUUCUCCAGCUCUAAUUGUUGUGUCUUGUACGAUUCGAUUUUGUGCUCGAAGGAAAUAAAAUAAGACAGCUGAUUUUCGAUUAAUUCGCAUCUAUUCUUUUCACAGGACUUAAACAUUCCAAAUUUAUUCACUUAAAACAGAAAAAAUUAAUUCGCUUUUAGUACAGACUCGAUUUUUCCACUCUCUGUGUGUACAUAUUUAAGAAGCAUUAUGCAAAUAGCAGCUAAAAUGACAUAAAAUAAAAAAAAAAGACAAAAAACAGGAAUCCAGGCAAAUGGAAAAAUUAAAUAAACAUUUAAUAAUAAUACACGCGAAAGGCAAACAAAACAGUUCGUUUAAAGUUUUUUGCGAUUUUCUUUUUUUUUUGUCCACGAGAGUUAAUUAAAUACCGAUGCGAAGCGAAGGUGACGAAUAAAAUUUACAACUAUUAGUAAUUUAAAUGUUGUACAUAAAUCCAUGGAGAACUGUCCUAAGAGUAAUGUAUUUUUAAAGCCCACUACAAAAGCCGGAAGCAAAGCAUUCGAACGGAAAGGGAGGACGAAAGGAAUUCAAAUCAAAUCAAAUUAAAGGAAACGCAAUGAAGCGAAAGCGGAAAACUUGAACUCGAUGAAAAAGUCGGGGCGGAAAACUCUCAAUCUCGGAGCAGUAACUACAAUUUUUUUUUUUAAGCACACAGCCGUGUGUAUCUUCUAUAUACGAUAUGGGAUAAAAAGUUUAGCGAUUAACUGAAAUGAUACCGAAUAUUUGAAUAUUAACUGCGGACGCCAACAAUUUUUAAUUACGCACUUUUUAUAGAACUUAGCGAGGAUGAAAAGUGGGAGACGGUAGUCGUAUUAAAUAAAACAUAAAUAUAAAUAAAUAAAUUACAUAACGUUUUUAUUAACAAAAACAAACAACAAAAAUGGCUGACAAUUUUAAAUUUAUACAAAACGAAGACUUUACAAAAAGUCUAGUUAUGAAAUGAAGGAGAAAUACAAAAAAAAAAAAUAAAUAAAAAAACAAACAACAAAAAACAAAACAAAAAUAAGAAGGAAACAAAAAAUAUUUAAGAAUUUACUCAUGCACGAGCAAGAAUUAUUUCAUAUAAUUAUUUACACAGGCGGAGGUAGGAAUUUUAAAAUUAGAGAAUAAAACCGAAAAUCGCAGGCAAAGUUAAAGCUAAAAGACAGGCACACAACACACAAAGCCACACAGACACACGUGAACACACACAUACACACACACUCAAUCGAAAUCGAAAUAUAUAUAUAUAUAUAUAUAUAUAUAUAUAUAGAUAUACAUGUGUGUAUAUAUUUUGUCAACAUUGUUAAAUAGCAGACUAACAAACAAAUGAGAGCCAAAAACAACAAUUUAAUCUAUUCCGCAGCAGCAACAAAAGCAAAAGACAGCAAAAUACGAAAUACAAAAUACAAAUUACUAACUAAAAUUACAAAUUACAAAAUGCAAAAUACAAAAUACAUAAAGAGAUAAAGCUACGAAAUAAAUGUUCAUUAAUAUUGCUAAACAAAAACCCAUUUAUAUAUAUAGAUAUAUAUAAAUAAAAAGUAUUUUUUUUUUGCAAAAUGCGUGCGUUGAAAUUGAUAAAAGCAAGCGAAAAUUAAACACAUUAAAUAAUAAACAAAGGCGGAUAAAGAUAAAGCGAAAAGCGAUGAAGCGGCAGAAAAGAGAGGUCAAAAGGUUAGCUAGCGCGGGGCGAAGGGCAAACAAUUUAUGCAUAUUAAAAUUAAAUUUAAAAUACGCUACAAUUCUAACGAAAUAAGUUUACACACGAAGAACACACACUCACACCACAUUCCCCUAACCCCCCCCCCCCCCUCCCUUUCCCGCACUCCCCACCACCACCCACAAUGAGGAAAAACGUACACAACUAAUAAUAAUUAAACAGAAAUAAAAACUCAAUUGCAUGGAAGUAAUUAAAGGUCGCGCGUUGAACAAGCGUUGAAGAAAAAAUUUCAAAUUAAAUUUAAGCUACAAAUUUAACAAGCGAAAGUGAGCAAGCAUUAAAAAAAAAAAGAGUAACAAAAACGAAACCGAAACAAACCAAAUUAUUAUGUUCAAUAAAGAAAACCGAAAAAUGAAAAAGAAAACCAGAAGAGUAAAAAAUACAAAAUAAAACCGAACAAAAACAAUGAAAUCUUAC